AUGUCCUUCGCUGAUCUUAGCAAGACCGAGCGCGACGAGUUCGCCGCCUCCCUCGCCGUCCUGGCUCUCUUUGAUGGCGGCGUUGAGGUCACAGCUGACGCUCUGACCAAGACUUUCGAGGCUUCGGGCAACGACGUGUCUGCGCACGUUGCACCGCUGUUCGCGGACCUGCUGGGCCGUGGCCUGGACGUUGAGAAGUUCUUGGCUGGUCCCUCGGCUGGUGCUGCCCCUGCUGCUGGAGCUGCACCCGCUGGAGCCGCUGCCGCUAAGGUAGAGGAGAAGGUUGUCGAGGAGGAAGAGGAAGUCGACAUGGGUGGCGGUAUGGACAUGUUCGGCGGAGAUGAGGACUACUAA